GCCCCACAAACUUUUCCUAUGACUACCCUCAACUGAUCGACCAACUUUCAUUCCUCAAAAAACUUUUCGACCUUGAUUACUUACGCCCUUGAUCUCGAACGCCAAUUGGUACAAUUACGCGCCAUAUGCUCCCUUGGUCUCAUCGAUCCCAUUGAUUUCAUCGGCCUUGAAAACGCAACGAACGCCACUCACAAAUAUUUCAACAUGGCCGAGAAAAAGGCAGACGCCCCGGCAGCUGGCAUGCUCUGGGGGGGCAGGUUCACAGGUGCGAUUGAUCCUCUCAUGCAUAAGUACAAUGCCUCGAUCCAGUACGAUAAGGCUCUUUACAAAGAAGAUAUCCUUGGAUCGAUUGCUUUUGCCAGGGCCAACUCAAAGGCUGGCAUCAUCAGCGAAGACGAAUUUCAGGCGAUUGAGCGUGGUUUGCUCCAAGUGAUGGAAGAAUGGAAGCAGGGAACUUUCGCUAUCAUGCCGAAUGACGAAGAUAUUCAUACGGCAAACGAACGUCGCUUAGGAGAGGUUAUCGGUAAGGACAUCGCGGGUAAGCUGCACACAGGUCGCAGCCGCAACGAGCAAGUUGUCUGUGAUAUGCGCAUGUGGUUACGCGAUCGGAUCCGCGAAAUCGACAGCCAACUCGUUGCAUUCCUCAAGGUCAUUAUCACGCGUGCCGAGUCUGAUGAAAUUAAUUAUAUCAUGCCUGGAUACACCCACACCCAACGUUCCCAGCCAGUUCGGUGGUCUCAAUGGCUGAUGUCAUAUGCCGCUGCGUUCAAGCAGGAUCUCGAGCGGUUGCGCCAAGUUUUCGAAAGGGUCAAUGUAAGUCCACUUGGUUGUGGCGCUUUGGCCGGCAAUCCAUUUCGAAUCGAUCGAAAUAUGAUAGCUGAGGAGCUUGGGUUUAGCGGAAUAACCUUGAACUCCAUGAAUACUUCGGCCGACCGCGAUUUCCUAAUCGACUUCCUGGUCUGGAACUCGAUUUUCACCAACCACGUCAGCAGGUGGGCUGAGGACCUCAUCAUGUAUUCGACAUCUGAGUUCGGUUUCGUGCGGCUGGCCGACGCCUAUUGUACGGGUAGCUCUUUAAUGCCUAAUAAAUUCAACGGGGACUCGUUAGAGCUUCUGCGCGGCAAGUCAGGGCGUGCUUUCGGUCAAAUGGCUGGGUUAAUGAUGACUCUGAAAGGCUUGCCAUCUUGCUAUAAUAAAGAUCUCCAGGAAGGGUGGGAGCCUAUGCUGGAUUCGGUUCGGACUGUGUCGGAUAGUCUAGGCAUAGCCAAUGGGGUCAUUGCUACAUUGAAGGUGCGGCCAGAGCGGAUGGAGGCUGCUCUGGACAAAACGAUGCUAGCCACUGAUGUCGCAGAGUGGUUGGUGAGGAAGGGAUGUCCGUUCAGAGAGGCUCACCACAUCUCUGGACGCGUCGUUGCACAGUCUGAAAAGCUGGAAGUUUCGAUGGACAAGCUGACCCUUGAGCAACUGCAAGCCAUUGAUUCUCGGUUCACAGCAGACAUUGCGGAGGCAUUCGAAUAUGAAACGAGUGUCGAAGCGAAAACGGCUAAAGGCGGUACCAGUCGAUCAAGCGUGCUGGAGCAGAUCCAGGUACUCAGGGCUAUGUUAGAUUAGGGGUUUGCCUGGUGCAGGAUGCGGCCAGAGCAAGGGAAUCUGGGACGGACAUCGCGAAUAGCCCGCUUCAUUCUGUGGAAAAACAUAUGAUUCAAGAGCGACGCUCUUGAAUGAACCAAAAAGUUCCAAAAAUGACACAAUGUUAUUAGAGAACUCGAACAGGACAACCGCCGGGCGAGCCGGACAUGGGAGGAGUCGUUGUCGAUCAAUAAACGUUUAGUCUUGAAGGCAUCUUCCUAUGAAUGGUUGAGUUCUUGAGAAUCGGCAGUCGAGACGCCGACUUGCUGCCAAUAGGAAUACGCAGAGGAUGUUUGUCUAAACGAGCCAUUGCAAGCAGUAGUCACUAGCUAUGUCUACUAUAGCUCCCGGGAUGUUUCAUACAGGAUCAGCUACAACCCCAUCUCGUUACCGUCUCUUGAGAGCUCGAACGCACGAGGUGGAACUACAACUCUAUUAACCGCGUCAGUUUGCUAUGCCAUUACCACAAGGCGAUACAAGCCUAUUAAGGGGGGAAUUUAAAGGGCCUCCAAUACUGGAAAAGCAAUACCUGUAAGUUAUCUACUUGCCUAGCUUAUCUUGCUUCUAUAAUUAUUUGAGCUCUAUUAAGUAUAUAGUUUAUCUUUAC